GAGUCCAGAAAAAAACACAACAUUGACAUUUGUUCUUAUUUUUCUUUCUUAUUCAAAAAUGUGAUUUGCCUCCUUUGAAGGCGGACGGCGCCUGAUUUGCCUCAAACAAAUCAGAAUUUGGUCAGAGAAUGUGAACAAAACAACACUCCAGUGUGAUGUUAUUAUUGUAACACUCCCUCUCUCCUCCCCAAUCACGUCUGUUGGAAUCACUCUACUGUGUGACGUAGCUAGAAAUGCUGCUAAAGCUGAGCAUUUAUUCCAUUUUUUCUGGGUAUCUUUGCUAUAUCUGGGCUGUGUUUGUGCAAUCUUGUUUUGUUUUAUUGCUAACCUUGAACAGUAUUUAAGCUCUUUAAAAAAACUUUCUGUUCUGUUUUUGCCAUCAUUAUUAUUAUUUUUUUUAUCUAUUAUUUAUAUCUAUACCUAUGAUUACCUAUAACGUCCCAUUCUAAUUCUGUUUUGUGUGUGAAAUGCUUUGAUUCCCUAUAUUUGACUUUUUGACAUUCAAAUGUUACCAGACCAAACAAAGUCCGGGCCACGUCUUUUAUGUAAAUACAUGCAUGGAUGUCUUUAAAAACCCGGCCAUAAUUUGUAAUUCUCCUCAGUCUUUGAGUCUUUGUCUGAAGAAUUCUGAACAUCUUCAAUACAGUCAUGGAUCAAAUGAUGGCCUUCGUCUUGUUCCUGUUGAGCUCAGCUUGGACGAAGUAUGUAUCCGUCUCUCAGCGAUCGUCCUGGCCUGAAGCUCAGACUAAUUGUCGGCAGCAAUACACAGACCUGGCUGUCAUCAGUAACGUACAGGACAAUGAGGAGGUUCUGAAAAUCGCAGCUCAGCUCGGUGGUCGGGCAUGGAUUGGAAUCAACUGGAACAACACAGAUAGUGUUUGGAUGUGGUCAGGAGGUGGCAGGGUCUCCACUUUUUUCUGGGGAAGUGAUCAACCUGAGUACAAUAAUCAAAUAUAUGGCAUGAUUUAUGGGGGCAGCUGGCACGAUUCAAAUGAUAAUCAAGAGAUGCGUUCUAUUUGCUUUCACGCGAUUGUGGUAAAGGAGAAAAAGACGUGGCUUGAAGCCCUGGAGUACUGCAGGGGGAAUCACAGUGACCUGGCCAGCGUAGCCUCUGAGACAGAGUUGCUCCUAAUACAAAAAGAGAUGAAGAAAAAUGCAGUCACUGAAGCUGUCUGGAUAGGCUUGCAUUUCUUCCCUGAAGGCUGGCUGUGGGUGGACGGGCGACCGCUGGAUUAUGAAGUCUGGCUCCAUGACAACAGGCCAGUGUGUCCUCAGGUCUUCAUGGAGUGUGCUGCCUUAAACACGACAGAGAACCAGCUGAGGACAGGGGCUGUGGACUGUGAAGAGAGACUCUACUUUCUUUGCUACUGACAGUUCACCUUUAGAGAUGUUAAUCAUACUGUUAUAGGGAUGUAACGCUACACUUAAUUCAUCAUAAGAUUUGUGUUUUUUUGUUGACAAUACGAUUUUAUCAUGUUUUUUUUAACAAAUUAUGACCAAAUUGAAUGACUUUUUGCCUGUAAAAACGAUGCAAAAUACCAUUAGCAACUGAAACUUGUAAUCUUAAAAAUUCUACUCUACCCAAACUUUUAAAAUGUAUCUUAAAGAAUAAAUGGAUGACGUGUUUCCAGUCUUCUUUGUCUAACAAACUAGAGGUGGUACUAAACUACAGCAGGCAGAUUACCUAACUGAACCAUAGGAUUGUUUAAAAUAUGGCCCUGACCGUGUUUAUUGGAGAUGCAAGAUAAUACUGUAUCUGACAAAUUAUCAGUUAAAGGUGAUCAUUUUCAUGUUAUUACUGAAUACGUCAGUCAAUAACUGACUGGUCAGAAUGUUUAUGAUGACAACAGCCAUGGUACAAAAUCUAAUACUUUCAAUAUAUGCCAAGCUCACAGGACAAUGAUGAGGUUCUGCAGAUUAUUGUUGGAGUUGGUGCCACCUACUGGAUUGGAAUGACCAGGCAUAACACACCUGGUGGGUUUUAGAUGUGGUGGCACGAUGCAGGGCUGCUCAGUUUGUUUCCUUUCAUUCGCUUCAACGUUGUUGUGGUAAAGGAGAGGAAGACGUGGGUUGG